GGCCCCUUUGUGUCCUCCGGAGGCCGAGGCAGCGGAGGCGCUUCUUUCCGGGCCCGCGGGGGCUGGGUUCCCUCCAACUCAGGGUAGGGGUGAGAACAGAGUGGAGAUUCCCUUUGCUUUCGGGGCGGGAACGGGAUCUUCCCGCAGUUCAGUUCUGCAGGUAGGGAGUAGGCUGAAGAGUGGCUUCUGGGUCUCUGGAAGGUCGUUCCAGGCCCUCUGUGUGACUUCGGUGCGGACGGAGGUUGCUACUAUUCAGUGCGAGGCUGUCACCGCUUGUGCCUGUUCGCGUCCUGUGUGACUGGGUGCGAAGGAGUCAAUGGCACCGUGGAGUGUGAGGCUGUGAGUUAGGACGGGAGCGGGCGAGUGUUCGCUGACCCUUUGGGCCGAUACCCGCGGCCUCUUUGUGACUGGAUUGUGAGAUUGUCACUUGUGAUAGAUACCCUGUUGUCUGAGCCUUGCCGGUAUGGGAAAGGGUGCCCUAGUGAGACAGCCCAUACCCAUGGCCUCUGACUGUGGCGUGGGUAAGACGGUGGCUGGCAUUGUACUUUUCACACUCUGGGUAUGUCAGGGAAUGUGUGAGAGACUGUGUGCCACCGAGAGGCUUUUAAAGCCAGCCAAAUCAUAUCAAUGUGUCAUCAAGUUUCAGAAUCACUGAUCUUAUUGGAGAGGAUUGUGGGGUCUCCAUUAUGCUCUCUCUAUCGGAGGGAAGGUUGCAAGAAGAGGAAAGAAGCCUAAAAGUCUAGACUGGUGACUCUGGAUGCUGCAAGAAAAGCCUAGUUUCUCAUGUUCUUUUCCCCAUCUCAGUCAUCUGAGGCCACUGCCAUUUCCCAAGAGAAGAGCCAGCAGGAAGGAAGAAUGGCUGUUGGGCUUCUUAAAGCCAUGUACCAGGAGUUGGUGACCUUCAGAGAUGUGGCUGUAGACUUCUCCCAAGAGGAGUGGGAUUGUCUGGAUUCUUCUCAAAGACAUCUGUAUAGUAAUGUGAUGCUGGAGAACUACAGGAUCUUGGUAUCACUGGGACUUUGCUUUUCCAAACCAGGUGUGAUAUUAUUGUUGGAACAAGGAAAAGCACCCUGGAUGGUGAAGAGAGAGCUAACAAAAGGCUUGUGCUCAGGCUGGGCGCCUCUAUGUGAGACUGAAGAAUUAACCCCAAAGCAGGAAUUUUAUGAAGAACAUCAAUCCCAGCAGAUAAUAGAAACACUCACAAGGUAUAACCUUGAGUACUCCAGUUUGAGAGAAGAGUGGAAAUGUAAGGGCUAUUUUGAGAGGCAACCAGGGAAUCAGAAGGCAUGUUUCAAGGAAGAGAUAAUCACUCAUGAAGAAGCCCUUGUUAAUGAAAGAGAACAAGAAUAUAAAUCUUGGGGAAGUUUUCAUCAGAACCCACUGCUUUGUGCACAAAAGAUAAUCCCCAAAGCCGAGAAAGUACAUAAACAUGAUACACUUAAGAGAAACUUUAAAACAAAUUUAAUGGGUAUUAAGCCCAAGACUGUCUGUGCAGAGAAGAAACUUUUGAAAUGUAAAGACUGUGAAAAAGUCUUCAGCCAGAGUUCAUCCCUUACUCUUCAUCAAAGAAUUCAUACUGGAGAGAAACCCUAUAAAUGUAUAGAGUGUGGAAAAGCCUUUAGCCAGAGAUCAAACCUUGUUCAACAUCAGAGGAUUCACACUGGAGAAAAACCCUAUGAAUGUAAGGAAUGUAGGAAAGCCUUCAGUCAGAAUGCACAUCUGGUUCAACAUCUGAGAGUUCAUACUGGAGAAAAACCUUAUGAAUGUAAGGUAUGUAGAAAAGCCUUCAGCCAGUUUGCCUACCUUGCUCAACAUCAGAGAGUUCAUACAGGAGAGAAACCCUAUGAAUGUAUUGAAUGUGGGAAAGCAUUUAGCAACAGAUCAUCCAUUGCUCAACACCAGAGAGUUCAUACUGGAGAGAAACCCUAUGAAUGUAAUGUGUGUGGGAAAGCAUUUAGCCUUCGUGCAUACCUUACUGUACAUCAGAGAAUACAUACCGGAGAGAGACCCUAUGAAUGUAAGGAAUGUGGGAAGGCCUUCAGCCAGAAUUCACACCUUGCUCAACAUCAGAGAAUUCAUACUGGAGAAAAACCUUAUAAGUGUCAGGAAUGUAGGAAAGCAUUCAGCCAGAUUGCCUACCUUGCUCAGCAUCAAAGAGUUCAUACUGGAGAGAAACCCUACGAAUGUAUAGAAUGUGGGAAGGCUUUUAGCAAUGACUCAUCCCUUACUCAACAUCAGCGAGUUCAUACUGGAGAGAAACCUUAUGAAUGUACUGUUUGUGGAAAGGCUUUUAGUUACUGUGGAUCCCUUGCCCAACAUCAGAGAAUUCAUACCGGAGAGAGACCCUAUGAAUGUAAGGAAUGUAAAAAAACCUUCAGGCAGCAUGCACACCUUGCUCAUCAUCAGAGAAUUCACAUUGGGGAGUCACUGUCACCACCCAACCCAGUCAAUCACCAAGUCCUAUAGAUCCUGUGUCCUAAAUAUUUCUAGAACUUAUACACUCUUUUUUUUAAUCUUUAAUAUUGUUACCUUGGUCUGAUUCAUCUCACUUUGAUUACUAAUACAGCUUUCAAACAGGUCUUCCUGUAUUUAUUUUUUCUACCUUUCAAUCCAUUUCCUACAACGCACUCAGACUGAUUUUUUUUUUCUUUUUAAGACAAUGUCUUGCUUUGUUGCCCAGGCUGGAGUGCAGUGACAUGAUCUCAGUUCACUCCAGCUUCCGCCUCCCAGCCUCUGCCUCCAGGGUUCGAGUAGCUGGGACUACAGACAUGCACCACCAUGCCUGGAUAAUUUUUGUAUUUUUUAGUGGAGAUGGGGUUUUGCCAUGUUGGUCUCAGUCUGGUCUCAAACUCCUGAUCUCUCUCCCUCUCUUUUUUUUUUUAGAGACAGAGUCCUGUUCUGUCGCCCAGGCUGGAGUGCAACGGCAUGCUCUUGGCUCACCACAACCUCCACCUCCUGGGUUCAAGUGAUUCUCCUGCCUCAGCCUCCCAAGUAGCUGGGAUUAUAGGUGGGUGCCACCACGCCUGGCUAAUUUCUGUAUUUUUAAGUAGAGAUGGGGUUUCACCAUGUUGGUCAGGCUGGUCUCAAACCCCUGACCUCAUGAUCUGCCUGCCUCAGCCUCCCAAAGUGCUAGGAUUACAGGCAUGAGCCACCGCGCCCUGCUUCAAACUCCUGAUCUCAAGCAAUCUGUCUGCCUUGGCCUCCCAAAGUGCUGGGAUUACAGGCACGAGCCACUAUGCCCAACCUCAAAUUGUUCUUUUUAAAGGACAAGAAAACACAUUUACUAUCUCCAGUGAAAACUUCAUCUUUUGUUGUUGUUACUGUUCUUAGACUAACAUUCACAGCCUUUAAAAUUGUGAGGCUUUUUGUUACCUGGUUCUGACACACCAUUCAGCCUUAUUUUAUUCCAAUCUUCUUCUUUGGGCACUAGGUACUUCCCAGGACUAAGAGCUUAGAUUCUGGAAAAUCGCAGCUCUACCACUACUAUGGCAUUGUGUGGCUAUAAGCAAUUUGCUUAUCUAAACCUCAGGGUUUUCUUUAAUUCUUAAAAUAGGAAUAAUAAAGGAUACUGUAUAGUAGAAAUGUAAGUAUUAAGUGAAAUAGUGUCUUGUAGAUUGAUGCAUAUUAAAUGAGAAAUUUGCAUGUAAAGUACUUCAGAUAGUCUGUCAAAUAUAGCAGAUAUUCAAUAAAUGGUAAUAGCUAGCAUAUAUUGAGUACCCACUGCACAUCAGGCACUGUCUUACAUACUCUACAAAUAUUAACUCAUUUACUCCUCACAACCAGAACAAGAUUCCUUAUUGGACAAAGUAGAGCAUUCCUGCAAAACACCAAUUUAGAAUUUGGAAAAUCUGAAAAUUUUAGAACAUAAAUGUCAGUCUCUGUUCUGUAGCUGAGUAGUUGAUAUAAACUCAGGUAGUGGAACUAUAACACUAAUAGCCAGUUUUAGAAAGUUUCUAAAGAUAAUGAAUUGGAUAAGCCAAUUAAAAUAAGAAAAAUAGAAUUCACUGGGAAGAAUGCAGAACCUAUAUUUAGAUUAAGGAAGGAAUAGAAAUGGUCACAAUUCACUAAAAAAAUCAAUAAACAUAGAAAUUCAUGUGGUCCCUUUAAAAAGGCACCACAUCCUGGCCAGGCACGGUGGCUCACGCCUGUAAUCCCAGCACUUUGGAAGACCAAGGUGGGCAGAUCACAAGGUCAGGAGUUCGAGACCAGCCUGGCUAACAUGGUGAAACCCUAUCUCUACUAAAAAUACAAAAAAUUAGCUGGGCACGGUGGCGCAUGCCUGUAAUCCCAGCUACUCAGGAGGCUGAGGCAGGAGAAUUGCUUGAACCCAGGAGGUGGAGGAUGUAGUGAGCUGAGAUCGUGCCACUGCACCCCAGUCUGGGUGACAAAGACUCUGUUUCAAAAAAAAAAAAAAAAAGGCACCACACCCAGGUUAUUGUAUGGGUAAAUUCAGAUAAUUUUAAAGCAUGUAAAGUGUUCUAUAGAAAAUAAUGUAAAGUUAAAAAAUUUUUUUAAUCCAGUGAUUGCAAAAUUGAAAUCAAAAGGGGAUUAAGGGAAGAAAACAAGAGACAGAUAUACAUAUAUUAAUAUAGGCAUUCAUUCUGUUAAUAUCGAGUAAUUACUAUUUGUCAGACGCUGUUUUAGGUAUGAGGAAAUGACAGUGAGCAAUACAAAGGCCACAUUCCCAUGGAGUUAAAUUCCAGAGGCUGAGACAGUUAAAUUAAUACUUAAAUAUUUAAAGAUUCUCUAAACCCAGAAAACUGAAGAACAACAGGAAAAUAAGGAGCAUUAUAUGGCCUAGACUGCAGAGACUGAAGAUAAUAAAGUUGUCAAUUCUUCCUAAUUAACAAAUUCACUGCAAUUCCAGCCGAAACGUUUCAUUGUAUUUUUUCCCCUUUAGCUUCACAAGUUCUGAAAUUUUUCUGUGAGGUAUAAAUUAUUAAGAACAGCAAGAAAAUUAUCGAAUCUCUUUGUAGAAACUGCAAAUGAUGAUGGCUCAAACCAUUAGAGAAAGAUUUGAUUUCGGGGUAUUGGGAUAAUAAAUACCUCACUAAUAGUAAGGGAAAUGCAAAAUAAAAUCACAGUGAACUAUUUCAAAAUCAUCACAUUGGCAAAAGCAUUAGAGUGCCAAUUACUGGAAAGAUGUGGAGCACUAGGAACACUCAUACGGUGCUACUAGAAGUAGUUGUAUUUAGCAUAAUUUGGUAAUGUCUAGUAAAGUGGAAGAUGUGAGUAAUCUUUGACCCAGCAAUUCCAUGUUUAAACCUCUACAUAGUCUCUCCUUGUGUUUCAAGGAGAUCUAUAUGAUGGUCCAUUGCAGCAUUGUGAGAAUGAAAAGUUAAAAGCAAUCUAACCAGUAGGCUAAACACAAGAUAGAAUACAAAUUAAAAUGAAUAACUAGAGAUAUUUCUGUCAACAUGGGUAAAUCUCAAAAAUAGCCUUAAUGAAGUUGAACUACAGAGGAUUUUGUAAACAUAGUAUACCAUGUGCAAUUUGAAAACAUGCUAAUUAGUGUUAUGUAUAUUUUUGAUGGCUAAAUAGUAUAUAAAAAGAAUCCAUAAAAUAAUCCUCAGAUUCAGAACCAUGGUGACCCACAGGGAGAAAGACAAGUGAGAUUGGGGAAAGGAUGCAAAUGAAAAUAUCUUUAUUUCUUUCUUUAAAAAAUAAGCAAAUACUGUAUAGCCAAUUCUUAUAAUUUGAUAAAGCUGGUUGUGAGUAUAUGAGUCAGUUGUUACUCUCUGUAUCUUUUUGUAUAUUUAAACUAGUUCAUAAUGUAAAAAAAUAAAGAACAUUUAAAAGA